AUGUUGCGCCUCGCGGCCAAGCUGGUGGCCUUUUUUUGGAGGAAGGCGGACGCCCCAGAUGAGGAGGCGGGGCGGCCGGGGCUGGAGCUCGCUGAAGGUGCCGGCGGGGAGGGCGUAGAAGCUGUCUCUGAUAAAUGGGAAGACGACAGGAAGAACCACGGUGGGGGGCUGUCAGACUCCAGCCCCCGAAUGCUGAUCGGCUGUGUGACUUCCCUAAUGGCAAGUGCCGGCUACAUUAACCAGACCACGUACUUCUCUCUGGAGAGUGUCUGUGAAGGUUUCCAGCCCUGCAAGGGAGACUGGGUGGAGGCUGAGUACUGGAUCCGGCCCGGCACGUGGAGCAGCGAGGCCGUGUCCGUGAAGCCGCUGAGGUACAAGCGCGUGGACAAGGUCUGCAUCUCCAGCCUCUGUGGCAGGAACGGGGUGAUGGAGGACAGCAUCUUCUUCUCCUUGGACUCUCUGAAACUGCCAGACGGGUAUAUUCCCCGGAGAGGCGACGUCGUCAACACGGUGGUAGUGGAGAGCAGCCAGUCGUGCUACAUCUGGAGGGCACUUUGUAUAACCCCGGUGAAAAGGCGAGACGUAGCUGCUGUUGCUGAGGCAGCCAAGGAGUCCUACGGAGCCCUUUUGUUGAAGAACAAAGGGGAUGUUGAAGUUACACAGAUGACACAUUUUGGAACAUUAAAGGAAGGAGGAAGUAAAACUAUGGUGAUCUGGAUUGAGAAUAAAGGAGACAUUCCUCAAAACUUAGUCAGCUGUAAACUAGCUGGCUGGGACAAAGCUAGACAGUUCCGAUUCCAGGUGCUGGAUGAAGCCCAAGCAUGCCCAGUGGUAUCUUUUGUUUCUGUGCCUGAGAAGAAGAAUUUAUCAGAUGAAAAUAUUAAUUCGAUAAAUAGCUACCGAAAAAACAAAACCUGUCAGACACCAGAGAGUAGUUUGGUGGACAACAGAAACGACUCCCCAGGUGACCGUCCCUGUGAAGGAGAGAGUGGAGGAAAAGGAGGCACGCCACCACAGCAGCAGGUGGCAGAGCCCGGGCCUGGGGUGCUUGUCCCUCCUGGGGGAAGAACCUCCGUGGUGGUUGUAUGUGACGCAAAAAAUUCUGGCCGCUGCAAGGAGCUCCUUUUGCUCUGUUUUUCCAAGUUCCUAAUUGGACGAUACCUUGAAGUAAAUGUUGUAAGUGGUGAGGAGUCACUAAUAGCUGUCCGUGAGCCGUUUUCUUGGAAAAAGCCUAAAAUUUCCCAGGUGUCAGCAUCCACAAAAACUACAGUGGUCGUGACCACACAGCAAAGGAAUUCAAGACGACAACUUCCCAGUUUUCUUCCACAGUAUCCGAUACCAGAUAGACUUAAAAAAUGUGUGGAACAAAAAAUUGACAUCCUGACUUUUCAGCCAUUACUUGCCGAGCUUUUGAACAUGUCAAAUUACAAGGAGAAGUUUUCGACUUUGCUGUGGCUUGAGGAGAUUCAUGCAGAAAUAGAACUGAAAGAGUACAACAUGAGCGGUGUCACCCUGAAGAGAAAUGGGGACUUACUGGUUUUGGAGGUCCCAGGGUUGGCUGAAAGCAGACCUUCUCUGUACGCAGGUGAUAAACUGAUUCUAAAAACUCAGGAGUACAAUGGACAUGUCAUCGAAUACAUCGGCUAUGUGACUGAGAUUCAUGAAGAAGAUGUAACUCUUAAACUUAAUCCAGAAUUCGAGCAAGCUUAUAACUUUGAACCCAUGGAUGUGGAAUUUACGUAUAACAGGACCACAAGCAGACGGUGCCACUUUGCACUUGAACAAGUCAUCCACUUAGGUGUAAAAGUGUUGUUUCCAGAAGAAAUCAUUUUACAGUCUCCCCAAGUGACAGGGAAUUGGAACCAUGCACAAGACACCAGAAAUGGUGGACAGUCCACCACCAAGGUAAAUAGGAAAACCACGAAGGACCAAACUAAACACGGAAGGAAGGAGAAGUGUGUCCAUGCCAAGGACCUGCCAGGGGUGGUGGCCUUGGCCGCAGAGACAAGUGACCUGGCAGGUGAAAUUCCGACCCCUAUAGCAAGAGAGCAGGAAUUCUUCAAUCCACUGCUGAAUGAAAACCAGCAGUUGGCGGUUAGACGGAUUCUCAGUGGCGACUGCCGCCCGCUCCCCUAUGUUCUCUUUGGACCUCCUGGGACAGGAAAGACGGUGACGAUAAUCGAGGCCGUCCUGCAGGUACAUUUUGCUUUGCCAGACAGUCGGAUUUUGGUCUGCACACCCUCUAACAGCGCCGCUGACCUCGUGUGUUUGCGGCUGCACGAGAGCAAGGUGCUGAGGCCAGCGGCCAUGGUCCGGGUGAACGCCACCUGCAGGUUUGAGGAGACAAUCAUUGACGCCAUCAAACCGUAUUGCAAAGACGGAGAAGAUAUCUGGAAAGCUUCACGCUUCCGGGUAAUAAUUACAACAUGCAGCAGCGCAGGGCUUUUCUACCAGAUAGGAGUAAGAGUCGGACACUUCACCCACGUGUUUGUGGACGAGGCCGGGCAGGCGAGCGAACCCGAGUGCCUCAUUCCUCUGGGGCUGAUUUCAGAUGUCAGCGGCCAGAUCGUGCUUGCUGGAGACCCCAUGCAGCUCGGCCCCGUCAUCAAGUCCAGACUGGCCAUGGCCUACGGGCUGAACGUGUCCAUGCUGGAGAGGCUGAUGUCUCGACCCGUGUAUCUGAGGGACGAAAAUGCUUUUGGUGCUUGUGGCGCAUACAACCCCCUGUUGGUCACAAAGCUCGUGAAGAACUACAGAUCCCACGCUGCUCUGCUGGCGCUGCCCUCGCGGCUGUUCUAUCACAGGGAGCUUGAAGUGUGUGCAGACCCCAAAGUGGUGACCUCUCUACUGGGCUGGGAGAAAUUACCGAAGAAAGGCUUCCCUCUCAUCUUCCAUGGCGUGAGAGGUAACGAGGCUCGAGAAGGGAGAAGCCCGUCGUGGUUCAACCCCGCGGAGGCUGUCCAGGCCAUGCGCUAUUGCUGCCUCCUGGCGAGGAGCGUCUCCAGCCAGGUGUCUGCCGGCGACAUCGGGGUCAUCACGCCCUACCGAAAGCAGGUGGAGAAAAUCAAAAUUCUUUUGCGAAAUGUCGAUCUGAUGGAUAUAAAGGUUGGAUCAGUAGAGGAGUUUCAAGGGCAGGAACAUUUGGUGAUCAUCAUUUCAACUGUACGGUCAAAUGAAGAUGGAUUUGAAGAUGAUCGGUAUUUUUUGGGUUUCUUGUCCAACUCAAAAAGAUUUAAUGUUGCAAUCACCAGACCCAAAGCUUUGCUGAUUGUGCUGGGAAACCCUCACGUUCUUGUCCGAGAUCCCUGCUUCGGGGCUCUGCUGGAAUACAGCAUCACCAACGGUGUCUACACGGGCUGUAAUCUGCCUCCCGAACUGCAGUCUCUGCAGAGGUGA